AUGGGUCUUCCUAAAUUAGCAUUUUAUACACUCACAGUUUCAUGUAUCCCCCUAAUGUACAUAAAUAAUAUGAAGGAGUUUUCCUAUAGUUUUAUAGACAAAGUUAAUACAUAUAUUAAUUGGACAAAAGAAAAUGAAUGCAAUACAUAUUGGAAUAAUUUAAGCGUCUAUUCAAAUGAAAUCAAAAACCAAGUAUUGACAAAUACGAAAGAAAAAUAUAAAUUAGAAUUUUUAGGUAGAAUUUUAAGUAUUUCUGAACAACCCAUAUGUGCUUCUAGCAAAAGCGUUUCCAAUCCAUGCCCCUAUGAUAAUGUCUCAAUUUCUGAAAGUGAUAAUGCGUCUGAUAUAUUACCAAAUGACAGUAUUUACUAUUGUUUUCGCAAUAUUAUAAAUAUCAUAUAUAAAAAAAAGAAACAUAAAAAAACAGUUUUCCAUGAUCCUAAACCCAUAUCCGUCAUGUUAGCUCCCAAAAUACCUAAAAAUAAAAAGGAACCUAGUCCAGAUUUGCAACCUUAUUCCAUUAAUUAUACAAUUAGAAAAUUCCCUCGUACAGGCAAAAUUAAGGGAUAUUGUAUGAAAGGAAAAAAAUUUAUGAUUCUUGCUUGUGAACCAAUUCCAACUGUGCUCAAAGUAGAUUCAAGAAAUUAUAUCAGUUAUUUUUUAACCCUUUUUAAACAAAUUGUAAAUAGUAGUAACCAAAUUAAAUCAAAAGAUGCUAUAGAAUAUGCAUAUAAAAAUAAUUAUUAUAACGGAGCAAUAAGUAUUUGUGCAAUAGUUAUUAAUGCUGAUAACACAUUAUCUGCAAGUUUAAUUGGAAAUCAACAAUAUGUAAUUAUACGAGAUAAAAAAAUUAUACAUAAAGGAAAAUAUACUAAUGGAGAAUAUAGUUAUUUAGGUACUGUAGGAUUUGCUAGUUAUGUGAUGAAUGAAGAAGUCCCAAUAGAAAAAGGUGAUAUUAUUAUUUCUGGAAGUAGUGUCAUAUGGAAUGCUUUACAAGAUGAUCAAAUAUUAGUUAUAACAUCAAGUGUUGAUUUUAGUAUGUUAUCAAAGGCAAUAGCAAGAUCUGCUUAUAUUUAUACAAUAUCCGAAUUGGAAACCGUGCGUAGUAACUAUGAUUUUCUAAGUUGGGUCAAUACCAAUUUUUAUUCUAUUAACGACGAUAUUUCUGUGGCAUGUGCUCGUAUUAACUAA